AUGUUUUUCUCACUCUCAAAAACCCUGCUAUCCCAUUGCGCGCCUUGAAAUUUCACAAACAUCUCCGGUACCAGCUCGGCGCAAACCACUCCAAAACAAAAUGGAAGCUUCUCGGAAGUUUUUGGUAGUAAUAUUCCUUGUGGUUUUAUUAGCCUCCCUCCUAACGAGAGCAGAAUCGGAGUCGAAUGAAACAGGAUGCUUUGAAUUCCCGAAGAGAUUUAAGAACUUCGCUUACUUCAAUGUAUCAGACCUAGAUUUAUCAGAGAGCUCCGAAUUCAACUUAACAUUUCGCACAACUAAAGAUGAUGGGAUAAUAUUCUACAUCGAAGGACAAUUUUCAAGAACAGCGCCGUACGAUUUUGAAAGUCUGUAUAUCCGAAACGGGAAGUUGAACCAUCUUGUAUUCAACCCGGAGCCGACCGGAAUCGGAAGUUCAUUCGGAAGUUACGUGAAUACCGAUUUUGACGUGAACACUAACAACGAGAUUAAGGUAAAUUUCUUCCGGAGAAAAGAAUUCCCAGCAGACGGUUCUGACAAUGACGACUCCGUACAUCUGGCGCGGACCGGGAAAUCGGUGACAAAAACAGUCCAUCGGACCGGCUUUAUUGUCAACGAAAGAGAAUUUACAAUUUUAUCGGCGCCAUUUCCCCUGGAUCUGAAAAACGAGAGAGAGGAACAGUUGAUCUGGAUUGGUGGGGGAUUGCCUAACAGGAACUUAGAUCCGUUUGAGGGAAUCAUUCAAGAUAUCGUUGAUGUUAAAUCGAACCGGAAGUUGACCACGCCGGACUCGAACAAGAACCUGUACAUGACGUGUCAAAAUGGCGGAGAAGACGAAGAAGUAGUGAUUGAGACAUAAUUAACAUAUAACAUGGAGUGUUCAAACAGCGUGUUGUUGUUUGUAUGUUUGUUUGUUUCAACUUUGUUUUUUUUCUUCUUGCCGUAAAUGCUAAUAGAAUUUAUUUAUAUGUAUACUAUAUAUAACAUAUUUUAUUAUAACAAAGGAACGGGUUAAUUAUCGAUGUGUUAUUUAUUAGUCAUGUACCAGUGCCGUUGUUACUAAUAUGUUAUUCUAUUGUUAUUUAUGUUAUUUAAGAGCAUUAACUUUUUGUUUUGUUUCGUUUUGAUUAAUAUCAAUUUGUUUUUGAUCAGUAUUCUUGAAUUAAUAAAAUUGUAAUUAGGUUCACUAUA